UGUUCCAUGUGUUACAUGGACUUCGCGCGGUUGGGGAGGAACGACAGACGACAAGACUUGGCAAUGGAUGUUUAAACGCUAACUAACCGACCAGAUGUCGGUUUUUCGGACUUGGCGAUACUUCUUAUGUUUGUAACAUCCCGUCCCGAAGCCAUGCUUGCUGGUGAAAUCCAUCAUGCGAUCGUACUAUUAGUCUGUUCGAUACCCCUUGUCACGGCUGAUUUGAAACCGUUCGACGACUCGAUCCUGUUCAAAAUCACUUGGCCGACGGCCGAUUCGUUGUUGAAGAACAACGACUUAGUAAAUCAAAAACAAGAUGACGGAAAGGACUACGAAUCCCUUUGGGUGGUCUCUGCAGAUAAAGAGCGGUAUCAGUGCCUGUUGCCAAAAACAGUAUCGACAAAAAAGGGCGAAGAAAAGGGAGAACAAUAUCGCGGACCGACACCACUUACACUUCUGAAGCCACUCUUUGUUCGGACAUUUUGCUCUUAUAGGCUAGAACAGUACUGGACAUACGAGCUCUGCCAUGGAAAGCGCAUACGCCAGUAUCAUGAAGAAAGUCUUAUCAACAAGGUAUCUGUACAGGAGUUCUACCUUGGAAAGUAUGAUGCACAGAAGUUGGACCGUGACGAAGCAAAUUACCUAAUAGAGUACGCUUCGAAGCAAAAAGGUGGAACAAAGAAAGUAGACACAAUCCGUGUGGAAGGAUUAGAGAUGCCUUUCUUUGCAAUCAACAUGUCGGACGGAACACUGUGUGACAUCAACGGAAUGCAGCGCAGCACCCGUGUUCUUUACGUCUGCAAUGAGGAUGCUAAGAAUGAAGUCAUUUCCAUAGAAGAAGUGUCCACGUGUGAAUACCAGGCUGUGGUGCUUACACCAUUUCUGUGCAAACAUCCUGACUACAGGUUCAAUGUUGCUUCUGAGAAUGACAUCCUCUGCCUCGCGAGAGAUGGUGCCCCGUCUCAACCAAAGAGCCUGCAGCAGUUGCAGGAGGAGCUAUUGCAGUUACAAAGCCCUCCUAGUGAGUCUGUGCACAAACCAGAUCCAAUCAUGAAACCCACGUGGCAAAGCAAGAGGGUCGUCGACUCCAUGAUCGUCGAAUCGAGUUCUCCACACGACCCCAAACUAGUCAGAGACUUCCUCAGUGGUGAUCACUGCCUCUCUGGUGGCACAGGCUGGUGGCAGUACGAGUUUUGCUACGGGAAGAAAGUUGUGCAAUUUCAUGAGGAAAAAGGCAAGCCUCGAAUCGAAAUUCUUCUAGGGAUGUGGGACAAGGAAAAGCACAUUGCGUGGCUUAGUGAGCAUCCCAGACAGAAGCCCAAGCCGGGAAAGGCUCCUAGGUACAUUUCUCAUUUCUACUCCGAUGGUGAUGUCUGUGAUCUGACUGGAAGCAAACGUACUGUGGAGGUCAGACUCAAGUGUAAAGAUGUGAAAGGGCACCCUGACAGCGUCACGCUCUACUUGUUGGAACCAAAAUCCUGCGAGUACAUCUUGGGUGUGGAAUCCCCAAUCAUCUGCUCAAUAAUGGAAAACCUGGAUGAAAAUGGCUUGCAAGCGCCGGCAACGGAGAAUGUGUAAAUAACGUAGGUUCCUUUCACCUGCCCAAUUGGAUUGGAAUGUGCCUUAUGAGUCCCCAAGGUAACAUGAUGCAGUGGUGCCUUGUUUUCUAGACCACACAUUAUGAAUGACGAUGAUAAACGUAACAUUUGCAAAUUAAAAGAAACAGUCUCAAGAAAUCCCCGUUCACAUGGUGUCGAUAAGAUAAUUGUAUAUAAGAAAUGUACACUCUAAAUUUAUCGCAUCAUAGUCUCGUUGAAUAAACAAAUGGUACGAACAAAC